AUGUUGCCGUCGCAGGGCCAUGGCCACCAGUACGGCUUUGAGACGCACACCAUCCACACUCCCAUCGUCGGUCAGAUAGCUCUGCCGAGUCAGCAAGAUAUUCUGCCUUACACUCCACGAUCCAAAUCACUCGACUUGCUCCGUUCCGAUGCGGCAAUCCCGGUUAAUGCACGAAACUCGCUCGACACCCUCUCCACCCUCAAGGGGCAUCGCAUUUCAAGUCCUAUCUUCUUAAACAGCAGUAUCGGCGUCAAACCUCUCCAGCAAGUGACUCACCGUCUCGAUAGCCCACUGAUUCUAGGAGCAGAGUUCGAGCAAGAGUGUGGUGAUGCAUUCACAUCUUGCUCCACUGCAGAUCUGAUUCCGAAGGCUGUUGCAGGCAAUGCAAAGAUGAGAGCAUCCACCAUGCCGCGCUAUGCGAUGGGCGCAAGGACGGUGGACAACGCUCUGGAGCCCAACACCCCGAGCCGUGGCCAAGUGUCAACGGACAACCUACUCAAGAGCAAGUUCAGCAUGUCCCCCGUCCAGCCGUCGAAGCGAUCCAAGCCCAGAAACUCCGAGGAUCGGAUGCACUCUACCGUCGCUACUCAUCGGUUGCCUGAAGGGGUGCUGAGUCAGGACAGUGGCAGGUCGGCGUUGGGCAACUGGUCGCAUUCUAUCGGUAUGGCUGCGAGAAAACUCCAAAAGAGCGCUCUGCCGAGAAAGACGUCGGACGAAAGCUACCAAGCGACGACACUUGAGGUCCGUCGAGAGGUCAACGAGAUGCUCGUCGUCGAGACGCCAGAGAAGGCCAAGAGCUCGUUGAAAAGUGCGACAAGUCUUGCUUCCAUUCGAAGGUUCAUCACGCCGUCGAGGCGAACAAGAAAGUUUUCGAGCACGCGUGGAAUAGCCGCCCCUCGCCGCGCCAUGCUGACGGUGGACGAUGUGGUCGUCGAGCGCUUGACGGCUGCUUCUGCGUCCAUUGCCGGCAACGAGGACACGUGGUUCGAUGCCGACGGACGCGCUAGUCGGGAUGGCCUUUUGGAACCAGCUGAGGCUCCUGUUUGCACUGCGUCGCUCAUAGUACCAGACGCUGUAACAGCUCGUUUUUCCAGAAGCGCAAAGAGGCAGGCAGAUUCUGACGGCGUUGCACUUCGACCACUGUCGCCCGAUUUUUACGAUCCACCUCCGCAGCUGCGGUUGCCAGACCGAAGAUUCCUGGAAGGUAUCGAAGUUGAUCUCAACUGUUGGUCGCGUUCAGCUUCCCCAAUGCCGGUGCCGAACGGAAUCGACUCCCAUCCGCAAACAGAGCCAGCUGAGGUCGUUGGCUCCGUUGAGAACAAGCGGGUCGCUUCCGGUCCAGGUCCUUCGAAGCUCAAGACGCUGCAGCUACUGGCUAGACGCCCCUUUGACGCGUUUGGGAAAAAGAUGCGAGAGAUGGAAAUGUUGUGGUGGCCAUCGCGCGGCAAUUCAGACCUAUCGCGAAGACUAGAGCCUGCUUCCGUUUCAGAUCAAGCCUACUGUGAUGCCCUGACACACACGCAGCCGACGAGACGUAGCGAGGACCUGCUGUCCCGAGCAUCCCCACGCGUAUGCGAUACGAUGACAAUGGCAUACAAAAGCCGUAGCGUCGAGUUAGAUCGCAUUCAGCUGCUUCCUUCGAAAGUGGUUCCGCUGCGGUCUUCAGCCGGUUUGAACUACAAACGACGACCGACGAUCCCUGAUUCGUUUUCCGUGCCUACUUCUCAAGAGCCUGCCCCUCUUCGUAAAGACGUUCAACAAAGCUCAGUGAAGCAGGCACCGAGUGCUCAGGCGCGAAUCUCGGAUCUAAGACAUCCUUGGAUGAAACAGCUCCAGCUUCCUGGUUCAUCGCUGCCUACUUCAGGCGUGCCAGUAGCGAGCUCCAAUCCAGGCGCGAGGCCAAUUUGGCCAAAGAUGGAUGCGGAAGAACUGGUCUCUCAGCGCAACAUAGUUGCAACGGUAUCGUUGACGGCUGCGAGUAUCGCCUUGCGUCAGAACGCCCCGACAAAGCAGUCGCCUCGUCGUCCGCCAGCGUCGUUGCUGGGCCAGUCGCUCCCCAUCCCGCCUCGAAGCGGCCGUAGUCGAGCCAGUACGAUCAGCUCGCAAAGUUCGACGACGUCGUCUCCCUCGGGUAAAGUGAUUGUCUCGCGUCGAUCGUACGGCCAGCGUCUGCGCUCUCCGAACUCGCGAGAGGAGACGGCAAGUAUCCGAUCGGUGGGGACAUCUAUUCUGUUUACAGAGUCGCCACCGGGUUCGCCCGGGAUGCGGAAGCUCAUGUCGCCUUACUAUGUCACCAGGUCGCCGAAUACAUUGAGGGUGCGAAGUCCGCCGACGACCGUGCUUUUGCCAAAGUAUUCGCCACGUCGAGCAGGAAAGGUCGGCGCGCUGCGCAGUUGGCCCUCCGUUGCGUUCAGGGACGACGAGUCGGACAUGGGUGAGGAGCAGGAGUGGAUGGACGAGGGGUCCGAUAGUGCUUCUACGGGGAUGCUCGAGGGAAGAGCGUACCCAUCUCGACUCGAGGAGGACUUCCCUACCAUUCGCCCUGGUUUUCUCGAGAUGAGCGAAGCAACACAGACCCUCUCGAAUCUUGUCAAGACUUUUUCUGGCUCUUCUGGCUCUCUCAGCCUGCACUCCUCACCUUACAAAAACAAAGAUACUCCCGAUCGCAACGUCACCAUCGGCACCCGGCGCGGGCUGUACGGCAUCAUGGAAGCCGAUGAACACAGUUUCGUCCGUUCAUCCCCACCUCCGCAACGCCAUCUCACACGUCAACGGCUGAUCAGCAUCGCGAGCCUGGUCUCCACCGAGGCCAAUUCAAGCUUUGAAGACACAGAAGAGCUGCAACGUUUGUUGGACAGCAUCAUGGCGGCUGAUCUGGGCGGUGGGGGUAGCAGCAGCUACGAAACCUCGGGUUCGAGGGAUAUGGCGCUGCUUUCGCCGUUUGGGUCUCCCGCGGAAUACAAGGAUCCGAGGACGGUCGACCAGCUUGGGUCGGCGGAGGCAAAGGAGGAGAAGAAUACGCCGAAGGGGCUGAACCAGCUGCCUCCGCCGCCUAAGUUUUUGCUGAACGAUCGUCCCAUUUCCCCACCGGGUUCAUGCUGGAUGAGCGAUCAGACUCAUAGCAAUUGCAAUUCUGCCGGUGAGAAUGCUGACGUUGGCUUUGGGGAGCCAAGCACGCUGACCGCCGCCUCUUCAGCAUCGAAGGAAAGCAUCUUCUCGCCCCCGUCGGUGGAUGAUCCAUCCACCACUCCGGCUUUUCGCAUCGGCACAAAGAGCUGGUCGAAAGCGGCAACGACGUCGCACGACGACUCGGGUUAUGCUUCGUUCUCGAUUCUUGAAAGGUAUGGUGCGCCGCAAUCCUAA